UGUAUCUUCCGAAGCUUGUCGUACAUUGUUACAGACAACGACAAAUUGGAGAAAAUAGUUUACAAGAUCCAAUCGGUGGAGAACCAGAAAUGUGACCAGUUCUAUACGGCAGAGGGCCUGGUAGACGUGCGGCGCAAGCCUCAGUCGUACGUGUGCGGAGUGCACCAGCACAGCAGCGCGCCCUGCGUCUGGGAGAACGGCUUGGUGCUGGCCUCCAACACCACCGGCUGGUUCACACUCAUCGGGUUCAGCCUGCACGGGCCGGGCUGCGGAGUGCCAGCCCGCUUCAUCUUCAUGCUGCACUACUUCUCCUGGAUCAACUCGGUCACGCUCGGCGACAGUGCCGGCCGGAGCGGCGCCGACGAGGCAGAAGAAGUACAUAUUCAUGAAAUCCAAUCAGUAAUCAACCCUCCCACGCGACGGACGAGUGCCUUCGUCUUUCGACACGACUAUCUCAGUUGGCCAAAGUCUAGAGAGGCUACAAAAUUAAAUUAUUUCACAGUCGCACCUACCUACGAAAAUGAUGAACAUGCGAUCGCUAUAUACCCGUUCCAAACGACGCAGGAGAUGUACCAUAAGGCCUGUCAGUCAAGACGAGUGCUCAUGUACCAAGAGCAGUUCAAACUGGUCGCUGGGCCCGACAACGAUGGUUCCGUCAUAUACAAGGUAUGUCGCAUUCACUCAACACCGGACACUAACUGAUAACGAGAUCGUUCGAAGAAAUGUGCCAAAGUUUACGAUCUUUCGCAAAGUAUUUAAAUAAACAUGAAUCGUGAUUGGCACACCAGAAUCAAGCCGAAAUCCUCUCC